GCUUCUCCGUCUGCAUUUCUGAGCGAUACCGAGCUCAGGCGCACAGCAAAAUCAAAAGAGCUUGUAGCGCCGAAGCGUAAACUGAAAGCUAACCAGUGCUCCGACUGGCUCAAAUUCUUCACUGUGUCCGCUGCUGAGCUCCCGUAUAUGGCGGACCCUGCUCUCCAGGCCAGCAGGUCGAGAGACCUCGACAAGCUCCUCCUCCGACCCGGCAACCUCGUCGAACCCAACUUCGAACCUGGACCCGAGCUGAGGGACGAUCUUCGAGAAUACGCGCGAGUGCUGGUGGUAGGAGCAGGCGGGUUGGGUUGCGAGCUGUUGAAGGACUUGGCUCUGUCGGGUUUCAAGAAUUUGGACGUCAUUGAUAUGGACCGAAUCGAGGUCACUAAUCUCAAUCGCCAAUUCUUGUUCAGGCUUGAGGAUGUUGGGAAGCCGAAGGCCGAAGUGGCGGCUAAGAGAGUCAUGGAAAGAGUCAGUGGAGUGAACAUCGUGCCGCAUUUCUGCAGGAUUGAGGAGAAGGAGCUCGAUUUCUACAGUGAUUUCAAUAUAAUCGUCCUCGGUCUCGAUUCGAUUGAGGCACGGAGCUACAUAAAUGCCGUUGCUUGUAGCUUUCUAGAAUACGAUUCUGAUGACAAUCCAAGGGAAGAAACGAUGAAACCCAUGGUGGACGGUGGGACGGAAGGUUUUAAAGGGCAUGCAAGAGUUAUAAAACCAGGGGUCACACCAUGCUUUGAGUGUACCAUUUGGCUUUUCCCUCCACAAGUGAAAUUUCCUCUCUGUACUCUUGCAGAAACCCCGAGAACCGCUGCUCAUUGUAUUGAAUAUGCACAUCUAAUAAAAUGGGAUGAGGUCCAUAGUGGAAAGUCAUUUGAUCCUGAUGAACCAGAGCAUAUGCAGUGGGUUUAUUCUGAGGCUGUUAAAAGAGCAGAGCUUUUCGGAAUUCCAGGAGUGACUUAUUCCCUCACUCAGGGUGUUGUGAAAAAUAUCAUACCAGCUAUAGCUUCAACUAAUGCAAUCAUAUCAGCUGCAUGUGCUCUGGAAACCUUGAAGAUUGCAACUGGAUGCAGCAAAACUUUAUCCAACUACUUAACAUACAACGGCGUGGAAGGACUUCACAUUAAAGUUACCGAGUUCGUGAGGGAUAAGGAUUGCCUUGUCUGUGGUCCUGGUGUUCUUAUUGAGUUGGACGUUUCAGUGACCCUACAAAAGUUCAUCAAUAUGCUCGAAGAGCACCCAAAGCUGCUUCUAUCAAAAGCGAGCGUCACGCAUAGAGGGCAGAAUCUAUACAUGCAGGCACCUCCGGUGCUGGAAGAGAUGACUCGGUCAAACUUAGAACAGCCGUUAUUUGAUUUAAUGGGUAAAGUUCCGAGAGAUGUUAUCCACGUGACUGGCAUGUCGUGCAAGGAUGAUAAGAAAGUGUCAAGUUUGAGGAAAUUGCGUGUUGCAUUCAAGGGAGUUGAUGGGGUUGUGGACAUGGACAUGGCUGGUGGAGCCUAGUCUCACCUUCCUAAUUCUCAGCCCUUCGUUUCAGACGUAGGUGGAGCCCGGUGGUGGGAUAUGGAGCCGGAGCUCCAAUCCCUCCCCAUGCAAACCCUUGGGCCACUGCGCUAUCAUCAAAUGGUAAGGCAGAAAACUCAAGCGGACCGUGCAAAAAGAAGAUAUCGGUAGAGUGAGCUUGGUCGGCAUGAUUUUGCAUUAUCUUACAUCUUGAUUCCGGGAAAGAGUUGGAGCCGUUCGAUUGUACCUUUCGGUGAACUGUAUAUUUUUUUGGGCGAACUUGGAUGAACUCUACUUACCAUCCUAUAGCACAGUUUCAUGGAAGUGCAACUCGAAUGGGAACUAACUUCAUUGGUUCUU